UCCAGUGAUAGUGAUGGUGUUGUGGCUCCGCAGCCACGCACCACUACCAAGACUGGCAGGAAUAUAAAGUUCAGCUAUGCUGAAAACAUGGCGUUGGUGCGUGAGCUGAUGAAGCACCAUCGCCAAUUGUUUGGUCAGGAUGCUGCCAGGGUGUCCUCCCGCAGGAAGUCUGCCCUGUGGGGGCAAGUCAUACUUGCUGUGAAUAGUGAGGGUGUGGUGAGGCGGACAGAGGACACGUGCCGCAAGCGAUUUUAUGAUAUUAAGCGGCGUGUCAAGGCCAAGAUGGCCAAAGAGUCCAAAUCUGCACGGAGAACCGGAGGUGGGCCACCUUUACGUGUAAGCUAUCGGGACUGGGAGGAGCCUGUGCGGGCAUUGAUUCCUGGCGAAGUGGUGUCUGCUACUCAUGUCCGGGAUUCGGACCGACCCACGCAGGAUGUCACACAGACCAGCCGCCCAGACAGGCCUCAGACAAGUCAGGAUGAGGCUGGGAUUGCAGGUUCUGCUUCUGGAAGCCGACCUCCUGUAAGGCGGCCAUCACAGGGCUUGGGCCACUUACCCAGGAGGCCAACUAAGACACGGCGUCUUGGCUCGGAUUCAGCACCUCCAUCAUCCCCACCCAGGCGAAGACUUUCGGCAGUGUCACCCCAGCCACCACUGGCACUAUUGGCGAGUUCGCAGAGUGAUGAGCCCAGAUCACCUCAGUUAUCUGGUGAGUAA